AUGGCUCUCCAUACGAAAUUAAGUAAUCCACCUGAUGUAAAGAGUAUUCGUAGGAGUGAAGAAAUUAUAAAAAAAAGCCAAAGCAGGAAUUCUACACAAAAUAGUGGUUUAAUGGAUUCUAUUCUCUGUCAAAUGGAUGAGAUUCAUGCACCAUCUGUUGUUGAUAUUCAACCAUCAUACAAUACUACCACUGAAGAAUUAUAUUUAAAUUAUCAAACAUUAGAAAGAAAUCAUCAAUACUGGAGCAGACAGAAGCCAAUAUUAACUAAAGAUAUUGAUUUAAUGACGCGAUUAAUAUGGUAUAAAUCUAUGCGUGGUCGAGUUGAUGCUUAUGCUAGGAUGUCUAUAACACAUAAAGAAGAGUUUUUUUCCUCACUUUCUGGUGAUUGGAUGGAUCCUUUAGAUAAAGAUAAAUAUAGUGAAUGUUUAAAUAAACAUGGUAAAGGACCUAGAACUCCACCAGGAUCACCAUGUACAAGUUUAGGAGGCGGUGUAAUUCCAACAGACACUUCACCAACAUCUGAAGGAUUGACUAAGAUAUAUGAUUCUGUUGGUGAUAGUGAUUAUUAUGAUGGUAAGAAUGUUUUACUUAAUGAAUUGGCUGCAUCAACAAGAGUAUCAGUAUCAGAGGUAGAAAAAGCAAUUGGUAAAGAUUUAGAAAAUGUUAUAAAAGGUGUUAAUAAAGAAACAUUACUAGCAACUUUAAAAUCAGCUCUUCUUAAUUUGUCUACAACAACAACAACAUUAUCAAAAGAAACAAACAAUAAAAUAUCAGAAGAAGAUGGUGCUGGUAAUGUACAAUCAUCUGAUGAAAUGUCAUUGGUUUCAUCAUCUGAUGGUAAUUCAACAAUUGUAUCUAUUCUUCCACCACCGCCACCACCUGAAGAUAUUAUGCUAUUAGCUAAUAAAAUUAUAGAAUCUCCACCAGAACCACCGACAUUUAAUUUAGAAGUAAAAUAUCCUAUGUCAACUAAAAAUAUGUAUUCAAAAAUUGAUUCUAAUACACAACAAAGUACAAAUAUUUAUUCUAGUACACCACCAAUACAAAGAUCUCAAGAAAUAUUUCCUAUAUUAAAUUUGUCAUGUAACACACCACCACCAUUAAGUACUUCUAAUAUGUUGUACAGAGGUAAUGAUCAAUCAAAUUAUGUUAGUAAUAAAAACAAGAAGUUUUGUACGCAAACAUUAACACCAGUUCAUUCAAAUUUAAAAAGGAAAUUUGAUAAAUCAUCAACUUAUAGGAAUAAUAAAAAUUAUAACAAAAAUGUAGAUAGUACACCAUUAAUCCCCUCAAAAUAUAAAUGUAUACAAAUGACAUCUAAAAAUAUUAAUAAUACCAUGAAUUAUAGCUGUAAUAAUAGUAAUCAACAACCAAAGAGAAUUCCAACAGUAGAUUUAACGGCAGGAAUAUCUUCAAAUACUCCUAUAGGACAAGGUGUUAAAUCUACUCCAACAGGAAUGGUACAACAAAAUACACUUAGAAUGAUUCCACCUCCAUCUAUGCCAAUGAGUAGUAAUAAUAUACAACAAGGAUUAGGAAUGUUGUCGAAUAUCAUAACCAUGAAUCAAAAUCCAUAUGGCCCAGGAAGAGGCUUACCAACAAAUACCUCAUCAAUAUAUGGACCACCAGUAGGUAUGAAUAAUAAUCCAAAUUUUAUAAAAGGCAUGAAGCCAAAUAAUAAUACAAAUUUUGGAACUCCUAUUCGAUGUCCACCACCAUCGUCACAUUCUUUACCACCACCUAUGAUGCCAUCGACAUUGGGAACCAAUUUUUGGAAACGAUAA